ACCAGCCAGCAUGGAGGAGCCUGAGGCGGAGAGCACUCUGAACCCCAGCUGUAAGAUCAUGACCUUCAGACCUACCAUGGAGCAGUUCCAGGACUUCAACAAAUACCUUGCCUUCAUGGAGUCCAAAGGAGCCCACCGAGCAGGCCUGGCCAAGGUGAUCCCUCCUCAGGGCUGGAAACCCAGGAAGUCCUAUGACGACAUCGGUGACUUGCUGAUCCCGGCUCCCAUCCAGCAGAUGGUGACAGGCCAGUCGGGACUCUUCACCCAGUAUAAUAUCCAGAAGAAAGCCAUGACUGUGAAGGAGUUCCGGCAGCUGGCCAACAGUGGCAAGUACUGUACCCCGAGAUUCGCGGACUAUGAAGAUUUGGAGCGCAAGUACUGGAAGAACCUAACCUUUGUGGCGCCCAUCUAUGGCGCCGACAUUAACGGAAGCAUAUAUGACGAGGGAGUGAAGGAAUGGAACAUCGGUCACCUCAACACGAUCCUGGAUGUGGUUGAGGAAGAGUGUGGCAUCUCCAUUGAGGGUGUGAACACCCCCUACCUCUACUUCGGCAUGUGGAAGACCACCUUCGCCUGGCACACAGAGGACAUGGACCUCUACAGCAUCAACUACCUCCACUUUGGGGAGCCCAAGUCUUGGACCUCGUUGCCAGUUGAUGCUGGUCCAGAGACCCGUGAGCUGUUUGAGGAUGCAGGCCAAAGUCUCCUGGAGGUUCACUCACGGUGGAACGCUGUCUUUCCUCGAGCACUUAGCUGUUUCUUCCCCAGCAACUCGCAAGGGUGCGAGGCCUUCCUCCGCCACAAGAUGACCCUCAUCUCCCCCUCUGUGCUGAAGAAGUAUGGCAUCCCCUUUGAUAAGAUAACUCAAGAGCCAGGAGAAUUUAUGAUCACUUUCCCAUACGGCUAUCAUGCUGGCUUUAAUCACGGUUUCAACUGUGCGGAAUCCACAAACUUCGCCACUGUCCGAUGGAUUGACUAUGGGAAAGUUGCUAAAAUGUGCACCUGCAGGAAAGACAUGGUGAAGAUUUCCAUGGACAUCUUCGUGAAGAAGUUUCAGCCAGGCAGAUAUCAGCUUUGGAAGCAAGGCAAAGACAGCUACACCAUCAAUCACGCGAAGCCCACUCCAGAAACCACACCGGAAGUCUCGGCGUGGUUCCAGAGGAAGAAGAAAGCCAGGAAAGCUUCAAGGAGCUUCCAGUGCGCCAGGGCUGAGCCUAAGAAACAGAAGACUGAGGAAGAAGAGGAUGAAGAGGAGGAAGAGGAGGACGAAGAGGAGGACGAGGAGGCGCUGGCGGCCGCAGCGGUGUUGAUGGCGGCAGCAGCAGAGGCCGCUAAAUCCAAGGUCCCCGUGCCCCGCCCAGCCAGAGGCGAGCCCAAGGUCAACGAGAAGCCAAAGGCAGCCGCCAAGUCCGGUAGCAGCAAGGAAGGAGUCACUCCUCAGGUGGAGAAGGUUGCCGACAGGGCCCAGCAGGCCCCGGUGCUCUCACCUCCCUUAGGCGGCUCAGGACACAGCGGCUCACGCAGAUCGGUCAGCAGGGCAGUGAAACGGGACAAGGGUAAGGCCUGUGCCCGAGUCCACCCUGCCAAGCCCAAGGAGACCCAGAAGGCCCCCACAGCACCCAGUGGCCCGGUGAAGGCCACGGAGGCAGAUCCUGCCCAGGGGUCAUGGCCAGGGUCGCCCGAGUCCUUGUCCUCUUGCUCCGAGACAAAUGGGCCGUGGACAGAGGGCGAGGAGAGCGACCAGGAGAGCCGACCGAGCAGCCUGGAGCCCGGGGAAGUCCCAGCUGUGUCCAAAAGAGAGAAGCAAGGCUUCAAAGCCCCCCACCCUUCAGAGCGCAUUCCUGCCAGCCCUGAAAAGCAUGUGCCCAAAGUGCCCUCAGCUGAGGAGGAAAUGCAAGAAACGGAAUCUUGGGCGAAGCCUCUGGUGCCCAUUUGGCAGACAAGGUCCCCAAAUUUUGUCGCUGAGCAAGAAUACAAUGCAGCCAUGGCCAAAAGGGCGCCUUACUGUGCUAUCUGCACUCUGCUCAUGCCCUACUACAAGCCAGACAACAGCUGUGAAGAAAACGACGCUGGAUCGGAGGCAAAGGGAGAUGAAGUGGCCACUUCAGGAGAAAAGACUAAGCCGCUCAUUCCAGAGAUGUGUUUUAUGUACAGUGAAGGGAGCGGCAAGUACUCGCCACCCACAGCCUUUCUGGAAGAAGAUGGGACCAGCCUUCUCAUCUCCUGUGCCGAGUGCCGGGUGCAGGUUCACGCAAGUUGUUAUGGUACCCCUCCUCGCGAGGUCUGUGCUGGAUGGCUGUGUGCCCGGUGCAAAAGACAUGCGUGGACAGCUGAAUGCUGCCUUUGCAGUCUGAGAGGGGGUGCCCUCAAGCAAACGAAGAACAACACGUGGGCCCACAUCAUGUGUGCUGUCGCUGUCCCAGAAGUUCGGUUCCUUAACGUGCCGGAAAGGUCUCAGAUCGAUAUCAGCCGGAUCCCUCUGCAGAGAUUAAAACUGAAGUGCAUCUUCUGCAGAUACCGUGUGAAGACGGUCUCCGGAGCCUGCAUCCAGUGUUCCUAUGGCCGCUGCCCAGCCUCCUUCCACGUCACGUGUGCCCACGCCGCCGGCGUGCUGAUGGAGCCCGACGACUGGCCCUGCGUGGUGAGCAUCACCUGCUUCCGCCACAAGGUCAACACCAAUGUGAAGCCUAAGGUCAGCGAGAAGGCCGUGGAGGUGGGCCAGACGGUCAUUGCGAAGCACCGCAACACCCGCUACUACAGCUGCAGGGUGAUCUCCCUGACCUCCCAGACCUUCUACGAGGUCCUGUUCGAUGACGGCUCUCACAGCCGGGACACGUUUCCCGAAGACAUCGUGAGCCGAGACUGCGUGAAGCUGGGGCCCCCGGCCGAGGGAGAAGUCAUCCAAGUCAAGUGGCCCGAUGGCAAACUCUACGGGGCCAAGUAUCUGGGCUCGAACGUCGCCCACAUGUACCAGGUUGAAUUUGAAGAUGCGUCCCAGAUAGUGAUGAAGAGAGAGGAAAUGUACACCUUGGACGAAGAGCUGCCCAAGAGAGUCAAGGCUCGGCUAUCCACAGCCUCUGACAUGCGAUUUGAGGACACCUUUUACACAGCUGACGCCAUCCAAGGGCAGAAGAAGAGACAAAGAGUGCUGAGCUCCAGGUUUAAGAACGAGUUCGUGGACGACCCCGGGUACCGCACCUUCCUGAAGAGCUCUUUCCUGAAGUCCCAGAAGAGACCGUAGUCUCCAGGCCCUGCUGCCCUCCACGAAGCCCCUGGAAGAGGA